AUGAACUACAGCAGUGCCGACGCGGGAGCUUUGACCAUGAGGUCGAGCACCAAGAUGCGCUGCUUGCAGCCCAGCGCAAAGCCGAAGAGGCUUCAGAGGAGGCGGCGGAAGCUGGCAAGCUGGCCCAAACGCUGCAACUGGAGGCCUGCGAGGCGCGUUCUCGAUUGGAGGCUUCCGAGGCUCAAGACUUCUCGCGAUCCUCAGAGUUGGCUGAGCUCAAAGAGGCUCGCCAACAGCUGUCUGAGCAGGCAGCAGACGCAACAGCCAGCUGUGAAAGUCACAAGCAGCUGA